UCCGGGUCGUCGUUGUGCUCUCAAUGAUGGAGGACGUUCCUGUGAAAAGUGUGCAAAGUUGCGAUGACAUCGAUCGCGCGUCUAUUCAUCCGGUGACCGAGGUUCGAACAUGAGGCGCGGGAAGGCUCGAGCCAUACUUCCCGGAAUAAGAUCGGAUUCGAGGGAAAGUCAACGUCAUGUUGAGCGUCCUGGAGCCCGGAAAGCUUGUUCUAACCUUUCAAUCGAUCCCGCCGUUCGUCGUCGAGAGCAUUUUCGCGCUGACUCUCGCCCUGCUGCUGGCUGCGCCUUUAAUCCUUCAAGUUCAACACUUUUUAGAGGGCUCGUUGAAGACCGGCUCGAGGAGCCAAGGAGCUCGCCGAUCUUCCGGUGGACGAACCCGAAGUCAGCCGGUGGUAACUCACUACCCUGCCUCGGUGUUCGCGGACUCUGUCUCUAGCUCCGGCACGGAUCUGCGGCCGGAGUCGGUCCGCGAGGCGAUCUCGACGCCGCGUUUGCGGGCGAGCGGCGACAGCAUCCGGAAUCGCGGCAGCCUGGAAAGCGGACAAGCGGAAAGCGAGCCGUCUUCGACGAUGAUCCUGACGGCGUACGAGGUCCCGCAGAAGGAGACGAUCCUGCAGCGCUCGUCGGCGCUCGCCGCUGCCAAGCAGCCGUUCGACGACGCGUUCGCCUACGAUUACGACGUCUACCGGCACAAGCUGAUCGAAGCGGCCCUCAAGGAACAGUACAACGACUACCAACCGCCCGGAGACGUCGUCCUCAACUCCAUCCACCUGAACACCAACGACUCCACGGUCGCUGUGCGCCUCGACGACCGCUAUCGUCACAGCAUCUUCGACUUCGUGGAGGAGCACUACGACGCCGCGAACGCGAUCGGCAAGAAGGACGCGGAACAGUUGGACCAGCUCGACCAUUUUUUGGUAAAGGGGCCACGGAAACUGGAGACCGUGGAGAAAGAGACCGAAACUAGGACUCCGGACGAAGGUCGCGAGCCUGCUCGCCGCGAUGGGAGAUCGUCCAAGGUCGACGACGACGACGACGACGCCGCUGCGAGAAGGAGGCGAUUAGACUCGAUCGCGAAGAAAGGUUCGAGAUCGUCGAAGCCACCGAGCUCGGCAGUCCUCUCGUCGCAGAAAAAGUCCAGCUACCCACGGCCGGCGAGUAAAAAGCUCGCCACGAAGUUACCGCGGGCAACGUCCAGCACGGACUCGGCGAGCGGGAAGCGGGACACGGCGUCGGAGUCGCCGAAACAGAACACCAGGCAGAACACGUUCUCCUCGAUCGACGGUGCCGAAAGGGACUCGAUCAACUGCACCACGAUCAGCUCGAUCGACUCGGAGAGCGUCCGCAGCGAGUCCAGCAAGCAUCCCGACGAUCGUUCCUGUCGCUCCCGCGAUUCCUCGGUGGCCUCGACCCGGGCUCCGUCGGACCGGUCGCAGGCGCGACCCUUCAAAAUCACCGGCCAUCUCCCGCCCUUCGACAAGAGACGCUCGAACGCCGGCAAGACGUCGCCCGGAACGCGAGAAACGAGAGAUCCAUCGAAGUAUCCGGGCCACGCGGGCAGGAAUCAAUCGAGCAGCCGGGCCGGUCAGCCGAGAAGCAGCCCUAUCGGGCGCGGAACUGCUCAGAAACAGACUUCGUUGACCGGAACGAGUAACUCGAAGAGUAACGAGCUGAGGAAGUUGGAACCUAUUCGAAGCGAAACCGAAGAAACGAACGUGCAGGCGAUGUUCUCGCCGAACGCGGGCUCGAGCUACGGCCAAUCGAACCGUCCGAGCUAUCCGAUCGCGAAAUCCGCGACGGAAUCGGCAGCCGGAGUUCGAGGGCCCGAGUCGAUUGGCUCGUUGGUCGAUACUGCUGGUCGGCCGUCGGUAGAGCCAAGGUUUAGGUCGGCCCGAUCGAACACGGCGUCGCACGGCCGCGAUAAACCCGAUCGUUUCGAACGGCCGAAGUCGUCGCCGGGGCGCGGACAGCUGGAGCAAUCCGCGAAACGUGGCCGCGAGAAACUGCAGAGGCCGAGGACCAUGGGUGCCGUGUCGAAGGCUGUUGCACCCGGUCCGAAUGCGGAGCGCUCGUCGGAGUCGUUGGCCGGCAAAGAACGAUCGGCCGGCAGAAAUGAUCGAGAGAGGAAAGGGUCGGCGAACGAGUCGACGGGAACGGUCAAAGAGGCUGAUAACAGUGUUCAAGGGGAUCAACCGAGGGCGAACAAGCAGCCCAGAUCGACUUUGUUCCAGGAAAGACGCGGCGGCCUUGAUCUGAUUAGUCGCGAAGGAGACGGGCACGAGGACGCCGGGAAAAUGGCCGACGAUUUCGAUCGCAGGAGAGCUGCUCCGCCAGCGAAACAUUUAGACGCGACGACCGCUAAAAAUAGCCCGGCUGCUGGCAGAAAGGCGCCGCCAGUGAGAUCGAGGACUCUGCGACAAGAUGGAGCCGGCGCCAGGAUGGCCGCGCGCCUGCAGGACAGCGUCAGAUCGAUGCCGAUCGGAUCGAGCGAGUCGCCGUCGAUCGAGAGGAGAGCUCUGAAAACCGUGCACUCCGAGGACACCGAUGCCAAUCGGUCGCCGAUGGCCAACGAUCGGUCGGAGAGGCUGAAGCUGCCGAGUCGGGACACGAAAGCCGGCAUCGCCAUGCAGGUCGGCUUGAAGAAGUACAUCAAGAAGAUGAGACGCGUGCUGUCCGAGCGCGACAACCCCGACAUCGACGGGCUGCUCUCACUGAGCCUCACGGAUGCCAUUUUGCCGGACAUCGAGUCGACCUUGUCCACCGUCGAGGUCCAACAAGUGCACACCGCGCUCAGCAUGGCGGAGAAGAAGUCCGAUAUGAUGCAGAACAAGCUACCCGCCGUCUUGUCCAACGAAUUAUGAGCACAGUAAUGUCUCCCUAAUUGACGCUCGGAUUGUCCAGAAAAAUGGACAAUUUUGGAA